AGUGACGUCAUCACCGCGCGCCCCCAUGUGAGCAGGUCAGAGGGCUGCUGGACGCCGGUUAGCUCGUCAAAUGAACUCCCCGCAGUUGUUGAGUAACUCCUCUCACGCUGGUCAUCUUUCACCACCGAGGACCAGGCUCGACGGACACAAACGCCGGCAGACAUGUCGUACUGCAGACAAGAGGGUAAAGACCGCAUCAUCUUUGUGACCAAGGAAGACCACGAGACACCCAGCAACGCUGAGCUCAUUGCAGAGGACCCUGAUGAUCCUUAUGAGGAACAGGGUCUGAUCCUGCCAAAUGGAGACAUCAACUGGAACUGCCCUUGCCUAGGCGGCAUGGCCAGUGGACCGUGUGGCUCCCAGUUCAAAGAGGCAUUUUCCUGCUUCCACUACAGCAAGGAAGAGGUGAAGGGCUCAGAUUGCAUUGACAACUUCCGUAACAUGCAGGAGUGCAUGCAAAAAUACCCCGAGCUCUACCCUCAGGAGGAAGAGAAAGAGGGCUCCUCUCAAGCAGGGUCCACUUCUGGUUCUGUCUCUGCCGCCACCACGGCUGAGGGCUCUUCCUUAGCCCCUGAUAUUGACUCUACCCCAGCCACUUCAACACCCGAGUCCACCGUCUCAUCUGACAGCACGUCACCUACAGACAACCAGCCUGCCAGCUAAGCUCAGUCAUUUGUCAUCCAGGCUCUUGUUCUCUGAGUGCAAGCACUGCCCAGCAUAAAUGACUCUCCAUGAGGAGCUCUGAUUGGUCUCUUUUCCUGUUCAAACCUACAUACAGGGUUUACUCACAUAGCUCUGACCCUCAUGGGCAAGGACUUUGAUGAAUGCAGAGAACUGUAGUACAAAAGUAUAGGCUGCUUUGUUUGCUGAGCACUCAAAUCAAAAAUCACGUGACUAAUAUGAUUUAAUGACAGCGGGCCAAGCUAUUUGCUGUAGAGACAUUAGCUGAUAUAAAGACUCACUUUAUAUGCAAUAAGAAUUUAAUUUAAUUUGCGUGUUCUCAUGUCAAACAGGCGAGCUGUUUGUUAGUAAUCAUCAUUUGUGUUCUGUUUGUCAGCUGCUCGUGAGUAUCACUGAUUUAAUAAUUACAUCUGACAGAAAUCGUAGGACUUUACCUCGACUUCAGCCUAACAGUUGAAUCCCGUUGCUUUCCAUCACUUAAAAGACCAAAACAAGAAAACAAUACUGUAACUAAUUUUACAGCUUCUAUUCAGCAAACAUUACAUUGACAGUAACAGAUGUUUUUAACUGUUUGGUGACAUCUUGUGGAAACUAUAGGGUCUCCAUCUUUAUCUGUUGCCAUAUGAACAAUGGUCGUCACUUUUCUUAACUGACUCUGUAUCUGGCCUAGACCAAAGUGGUUUGUCACGUUGAAUUGUCGCUACAUAAAUGUAUCUGUUGUCUUAACACUGUGCAAAGUCUCUGGUUUGAUGCUGUGGUCACCGUUCAAUGUUAUUCAGGCCUUAAAAGACUUGAUGGGUUUUUCCUCAAAUCACUGUCCAACAAUGUCCAGAUUAAAAUGAUUGUCGAACAGUCA